AUGCCUCCACAAAGAAUAGCAGAAGCUCGCGCGGUUUGGGUUGGCAUCGGCAUCGGCGUCAGCUCUUCUACCCCACACGAAGACGGAUGGCAGAAGAUCGAGGCCGGAUUGGGCUUAGGCGGGUCGAACGUCUAUCUCGCGCUCUUCACUCACGUUACUGCGUCCAGAUCGGGCUCAGACCUGCGCAGACGCGUCUGCGAACGGACCGCUGCAUACACGCGCGCAGUCGGGCGUCCGUUCGAGAACGCGGACGAGGUCGCUGUGCCAGGUUCCGCGCACUGGACUUCGUCGGACCAAGUACACGCCUGCGAGGAACGGCACGUGGCGUCAGUGGCGCUCUUCGCGAAGGAGGAUGCGCUCAGCCUUUGUGAUGGGCUGUCAGACGACGUGGGCCUUAAGUCCGAAAACGACCGCACGACUUCCAUGCCAGAUUCCAUCGCAAGAUCGGCCGGUGCUACUUGGUCGACGCAACUGGACGCCCGUGCCGUCGGUGGGCGCUUGUCGCAGGCAAACGCGGCCCGCAAUCAGCGCCUGCGCGUCUCGCAAGUCGGUCCCGAUGGACCUCGCCACUCUCUGAUGUACUUGGUUUCUGCUUUGAGCGGCGCAACAAUCCUCAGGUAUCUCGAAGUUCAGGCCCGCUCCCUUACUCCACAGGCGUUCUUGCUUCGCAAGUUCCUCGUCUGCAUAUGGGACUGGCUUUUCGCCGCGCUCGGCCGAUCGCCUCCGCCAGGAGCCCAUUCACGCUGA